UGCUGCUCAAACAGUGAACAUGAAGGAGAACAACAAACACUAACAAACUAACUAAUCGUGUUUUCAUCAGUCAUAAAUGCCUAAAUAUGAAGUUUAUUAAUUUGCAGCGUUAGUUUUUUAGAGAAUUUUUGUCUAACCGGGUCAUUAGACCAAUAACAAUGUUAAUUAUUCUCUUCUUAAAGAUGGCGUUUAAAAAAGAGGAGACUGAAGACAUGAAGAUGGUGUUUAUUAAAGAGGAGACUGAAUAUCUAAAGAUGGAGUCUAUUAAAGAGGAAAGUGAAGAUAAGAAGAUAAUUAUUAAAGAUGAGACUGAAGACGUGAAGAUUGAAGAAGAAACAUUCAGAGUGAAACAUGAAGAUACUGAGGAACAAACAGACCUGAUGGCACUGAGAGAGGCGAGUCAUGAACUUAAUGAAAGGGAUGAAGAGAAAGAACAUUAUAAUUUAAUGAGUGAAGAAAAAACAACAAAAUUUUCCUUACAAAAAAGAGCUCAAAAGACUGGAACUAAAAGUUAUUUCACCUGCCAACAGUGUGGAAAGACUUUUGAUCAACAUAGAAACCUUCAAGUCCACUUGAGAGUUCACACUAGAGAGAGAGCCUUCACUUGCCAAGAGUGUGGAAAGAGUUUCAUACAUAAAAAACGCCUUAUAGUCCACAUGAGAAUUCAUACUGGAGAGAAACCCUUCCCCUGCCAACAGUGUGGAAAGAGUUUCAUUAUAAAUGAAAAACUUAAAGUCCACAUGAGAAUUCACACUGGAGAAAAGCCUUUCACCUGCCAACAGUGUGGAAAGAGUUUCAUUAGAAAUGAAAACCUUUCAGCCCACAUGAGCACUCACACUGGAGAGAAGCGUUACACCUGCACUCUGUGCGGGAAUGGCUUCACACGGCUAAAAACCCUCAGGCAACACAUGAGAAUUCACACUGGAGAAAAGCCUUACACCUGCCAACAGUGUGGAAAGAGUUUCAGUCAAAAAGGACACCUUAUAGUCCACAUGAGAACUCACACUGGAGAGAGCCCAUUCGCCUGCCAACUGUGUGGAAAGAGUUUCGUUAGAAAUGAAAACCUUAAAGUCCACAUGAGAAUUCACACUGGAGAAAAGCCUUACACCUGCCAACAGUGUGGAAAGAGUUUCAGUCAAAGAGGACACCUUAUAGACCACAUGAGAAGUCACACUGGAGAAAAGCCUUACACCUGCCAACAAUGUGGAAAGAGCUUCAGUCAAAGAGGACACCUUAUAGACCACAUGAGAACUCACAUUGUAGAAAAGCCUUAAGCUUUGAUUCAUUAUUUUCUAAAAUCAAAAUAAAAUUGAACAGCUCAAAAUUGCAAUAAAUCGAGGUCGACACAACAGCCUCUUAAAUUUUAAAAGUGUGAAACACUCACACUUCACAAAGCUUACGCUACGUUCUAUGCCUUCUCUAUAGGUUGUUUGUACAUGAUGUCAGUGCUGCACGCGAAAUGCGGCAGGAGGGCAAGGAGUGAUUUUACUAUAUAGGAAUCAAAAUUCCUAUUUUUUGCAUUGUUAUGGUUGCUCAAAUCUUUCAAACUGAGAAACCACAAUGAGCUUUUACCGUUUACGUAACUUGUAUAGUUUUUUUUUUUACUUUUUAAAAUAGCAUUUUGUGUCUGCUGAUACUGAAAUGAAUAUGGAACCUGCUUACUUUAUUUGUUUUUGACU